UUAUGGUCUAAAUGUUAUAAAUUUUAUGAAAAUAUUGAGAAUUUUGUAUAAAUAAAUGUACAAACUAAAAGACAAAUUUAGUUUAAUUUAAGUGGUGUUUAAAGAUUGUUAAAAAAAAACAAAGCCAAUAAACAUGUUUCGUUUUAUGGUAAUUGCCUUGUGUUUGGCUGUUCCUGUGUUGGGUAACUCAGCUGGAGCCCCACAGGCAGUGUGUAAAAAUGGUCUGACCCCCGAACAUCAUGUUGAGCCCCAGUCCAGUCAAGUGCCCUAUAGUUUUUCGGGUGGCAAUGCUGUCAAGGCUGGCGAUAAAAUCACUUUGACUUUGGGUGGUGGUGAAUUUUUGGGUUUCGCUAUGCAAGCACAAGAUGCUAAAGAACAUCCCGUGGGUACGUUCAAGGUUAUUGAGACCAAUAAAUCACAACUUUUAAAAUGCUCAGCAGCUGGGGAUACCUUAACCCAUGUUCAAUUGAACAAGAAACCCAUUACUAGUGUAGAAUUCCAAUGGAUUGCCCCUGCCGAUUAUCAGGGUGCUGUUAAAUUUGUCGCCACUGUUGCCAAGGAUGGUGGCACCUACUGGAUCCGUAAGGUCAUCAAGGAAGUUACUGUACAAUAAUUGUAUUAUUUUUUUUAAUUGUGGUGUGUUUUGUAUUUCAAAACGCACUUGUAACAAAAAUGUAUUUUAUUCGUAUUUCGAAAUUAUGUGAUAAAUUGUUAAUAAAAACUAAUUUUUUUUCUAAAUGGAUUAACUUUGGCAUUACAAAAAAGAAAGAAGAA